CUGCUCGGAUGGUCUGCCUUGUACGUGCCAGCCUCGGCCGUUGGCGCGAAAACUGUGGGAAAGACAGGGACAGUUCAGGAAGUCUCAGGCUGUUUUGGAGCCUUUCGUGGCUGUGCUAGCAAAUAGCAGGUCCCCAAGUUUGCUGGUGCUGGCAAAAACAGAAUCAAUGAAGCAUGGCAGACGCAGAAGCGGCACAAUAAGGCGAAAGGAAGAGCGUAUCCUGCUACUGUAUGGGCUGGAUCAACCUCAACUUGUAACUGGUGGUAGCUACUCCAUCCAUUAAUUCUUUCCCUCUGUUGAGACAACUUAAAAGUACUAAACCACUACUCUAACUCUCCUAUUUUUCCCUGACUUUUGAUCACAGUCUCUUCUCAAUUAAUUAUGUCUUACCAUAAAAGAUACAGGCAGAUACAACGUGAGCUCAAGGAACUGUUGGUUAGUAGUAGUGAAGAGGAAGCUGACUGGGUUCAUCAAAACACCAAAAUUCCCAAACUUUACCAUAAUAACUCUGACCCAUCUUUAAGCUUUUCUGACCAGGACAGUUGUGAAAGUACAUCCUUAUCCCCCUUGAUAGUAACUGCACCAGAAGAAUUAAGCACAGAUGAUGAGAGUCACCACCAUAUAUCUGAUUUGGCACUUGAAGAAGGAUUAGCUUUAUGGGCAUCAAAAAAUCGCCAGGCAGCAAAUGAAUUAUUGGAGCUGUUGAGGAGACACCAUGACACACCUCACCGAAGAAGAAGCCAUGACCAAGGUGACAGGAGACAUCAUGACACACCUUACCGAAGAAGAAGCCAUGACCAAGGUGACAGUCCCAACCACCUAUCUUACUAUAGUGACAGUCCCGACCAGCAUGACAAGAGGCACCAUGACACAUCUUACCGAAGAAGAAGCCAUGACCAAGGUGACAGUCCCGACCACCUAUCUUACUAUAGUGACAGUCCCGACCAGCAUGACAAGAGGCACCAUGACACACUUUACCGAAGAAGAAGCCAUGACCAAGGUGACAGGAGACAGCUUGACACACCUGACCGAAGUGAUAGCCCUGGCCAGCAGGAGAGGAGAUAUGAAAAACACUAUCAAAAUAGAAGUCAUGACCACUAUGACUGGGACAAUAGACGUGAUAGACACAACCAGAGAGACAACAAGAGCAGGUGUGACCCUUGUAAUGACAAUCAAAAGAAUCACAAAGGUAGCCAGGAAGAUGCUGAAUCCAGCUUCCCUCUAACUAAAUUUCAGAAGCGAGUGUUACAACUUCUGCUGGACAUCAGGAAAACUGUUUCGGAUACGAGCACAUGUGGUGGUAAACCAGCUGACACAGCUUGUACUCUUACAAUCAAACGGAAUAAUUCCCUGGAAGAAGUGCAGAAUCUAGAGGAUGAAUUGGUUAAUCCCAGUUAUUUCAUGGAAGUGUGCAACCAGUGCGUCCGCAUAGGUGGCUAUAAUAAGAGAGAUAUGGUCUCUAAUUUGAUGUGCAGGUUUAUGACCAAAAACCUCAUGUGUCAGUAUAACAUGCUUGGGCAGAGAGGCAAGUUGUCUUUUAGAAAAACAAAGUUAUACAAUGUGAUUCAGGAGAGCGUGCUUAAAAAGUUCUCAGAUUCAAAUGUGACAGAAAUACAAAUGAUAGUUGCAGCAAAAUUGCGUAAUGCUCCAAAAUUGAAAAAUGAAAAUUAGCUGAUGUAAAAUGGUACUUACAAUCAGUUAAGAUCUGCAAGAAUGUUAAAACAAACCAAUCUUUGUCUCAUGCAUGACCUUGGUGAAGUAAAGUAUUUUCAUACCAAGAUGAACUGCAAUAGCGCAGUGAAAAAUCUAGUCAUACCCACUGCCACCAGGAGUCUAACCCGGGUCUCUUGAGUGAGAGCCAGACAGCAAGACCACUACACCACUGUGGUGUAGGGGUCUUGCUGCCUGGCUCUCACUCAAGAGACCCGGGUUCGACUUCUGGUGGCAGUGGGUAUGACUAGAUAAAGUAUUUUCAUUUUGUAUGUUACUAAAAAAAUGCUGGUAAAUUUAUCUCAUGACUGAUUGUACACAGAUGACCUUAUAUAUUGCAACUAUGUGUACAUUUCCCUUCCUCCCCCCUCUCUCUCUCUCUUAAAGAAGCUCUUUUUCUAUCAGAAUGACAAAAUUUAUUGAUGUGUAAACAGUAUAAGGGGGGAUGUUAGAGAAGCUUAAGAAUGAAAGAACCAGGACCGCCGAGAACCGAACCUCAGACAAGCUGUUCCCGCCACCACGCUAACCUGGUCCUGGUUCAUUCAACUUGUCGUUAUGGGAUUCAAGCUUAAGAAUGGUUUUUAAGAUGUGGAGAGAGACUUACUGCUGUAAAAUUUGAACCGAUUGGGAUAUUACCUCAUGAUAUUUAUGUGAGAUGAUAUUAAUGAUCUCAGAUUAUAAAAGCAAACUAGUAUUAUUAACAGUGAUUUAUUUUGUAAUUUAGUAAUAGAUAUAACAUUUUAAUUUAUAAUUUUGCUUUUGCCUACCACUUAGGUUCCCAUGUAUUUUUACGUAAAUGAAAAAGUACGAGUAUGGAGCUACACAAGUAUCAAUUCACAAAAUGCUUAAUUUCAUUGACAACUGUGGUCUGUAUUGUUUUAAGCAUAUUGUGUACUUGUGGCAGGCCUGGUAUUCUUUGCAUAUAUUCCCCCUGGGGCUACAUAGAUACUAGAAUGUAGCCCUCUCCAUGUCGGCUGUGUGCCGUAAGAGGCGACUGAUUCUGGCCCUGGGUGGGGAUCUCUUUUACUAGCCCAUAGCAGGUCUUUUUACCGCUUGACAUAUUUUCCCUUCUCAUUUCCCUUUGCUUUCUGUCCAUUUUCUUUUACGUUCUCUUACUUUUCCGAGUGGUGGGCUGACUCUGUCAGAGUGAGGGUUGGUGUCCUUUACUUCCCAUAGCCAUUUCUGUCUUUCUCUUGUUCUAUAUACCUCUACUGUUUAGGGUGACACUAGGCUGGGGAUCUGCCCAUUCUUCUCUACCUUUUAUAGUCCCACUUGUGGCACAUGCCCAGGGAUAAUGCUAGGCACAAGUGCCAUGGGAACCCAUUUAUUGAGUCGUGGCCCGGGAUGGCGGAUGGUCACCCUCACAGUUCAAGGGUGGUUUCUGCUGUUCUGGACCAUGGCAUGGGGAGGUAAUGCAUAGGAGCAGGUGUCAGGCUAUGGAUGGAUUGUGGCUAAACAAAGUUUUAAUUUUUUGUAUUACUGGGAUCAUCCAUUUAUAUAUUGCAGUUAUUCUUCAUUCAAGUCAGAUAUCUUGAAAGCCUUUAUAUAUAAAAAUGCAAGCACUAACUUUUUUUUUUUUUUCAUAAAAUAUGGAAAUUAUUUUGGUUUUGAUAUUUUUACAAGGAUGAAGAUUAUUAAAUUUAUGAAAAAGUGUAAGACUGAAGAAUAUAUAUAUACACACUUUCUGUA